AUGCCCAAGCGUAUGUACAUCCACCCUGACAGCCCGGCCACUGGGGAGCAAUGGAUGGCCAAACCUGUUGCUUUUCACAAGCUCAAGCUCACCAACAAUAUCUCCGACAAACAUGGUUUUACCAUCUUAAACUCGAUGCAUAAAUACCAGCCCAGGUUUCAUAUUGUGAGAGCCAAUGACAUUCUGAAGCUCCCCUAUAGCACUUUCAGGACCUAUGUGUUCCCAGAGACUGAUUUCAUUGCAGUGACUGCUUAUCAGAAUGAUAAGAUCACACAAUUUUUUUUGACAACAAUCCUUUUGCUAAAGGAUUUCGCGAUACGGGUAAUGGAAGGCGAGAGAAAAGGAAACAGUUGACUCUCCCAUCCCUGAGGAUGUAAGAAGAACAGUGCAAGCCAGACAGGGAUGGGGCAGAUUCAGACGCCUCUUCUUGCGAUCCUGCCCCAGGCAGGGACACAUUGCACUUUUUGUGGGUACUGAGCCUAGUCCUCUGAGACUCAGCCGCAGUAAUAGAGAUGAGAAAUACAGCGCAGACAGCGACCAAGAAUUAGAUCGACGCGAAGUGAGGACUGCCAGAGGUCACAGCAGUCCUGGAGGACCUCUCUCUAGCCCUAACAGCCCUAGACUGGAGGACAGGGGCAAGGAGAAAGCCACACCUGACAAGAAGACCGAGUCAUCUGAAGGUCGCAAGGACAGCGACAGCCUAUUCAGUGUCAGGAGUUUAGAGAAGGAGAAACUGGAGAGCAGGAGGAAAGAGGACACCAAAUCUGACCAAGAAUGUGGAGGUUUGAGUAAAGAGACCUUUUCCCCACUCAUGGUACAGACAGACAGCCCACCACACUUGAGUGCAAGUCAUCUGCAGAGUUUAGCCUUGUCUGGCCUCCAUGGGCAACAGUUCUUUAACCCCUUGAAUGCUGGACAGCCCUUGUUCAUCCACCCAGGACAAUUUACCAUGGCACCUGGGGCUUUCUCUGCCAUGGGUAUGGGACAUUUGUUGGCCUCUAUGACAGGAGCAAGUGGCCUGGAGAAUGGAGGUCUCUCUUCAGUGCAAGCAGCGGCUGGGGCAGCUACUCCCUUCCCCUUUCACCUAUCCCAGCAUAUGCUGGCCACUCAGGGGAUCCCGAUGCCCACUUUUGGAGGGCUCUUCCCUUACCCGUACACCUACAUGGCGGCUGCAGCAGCUGCAGCGUCAGCGAUGCCAGUCACCAGCGCUGCCAGCACCACUAUGCCAAGGAAUCCAUUUCUCAGCAGUACCCGGCCUCGCCUACGUUUCAGCCCAUACCAGAUCCCUGUGAGCAUCCCCCCCAGCACUAACCUUUUAACCACUGGAUUGCCAUCAAGCCUCAACCCAGGAUCUGAGGGCUCCAAGCCUGGCAGCAGUCGGGAACCCAGCCCCAUCCCAGACACUCCUGUUCACAAGAGGUCCCACUCUAGCUCGCUGUCCCCAAAGACCUCCAUGAAGGAUUCCAUAAACGAGCUUCAGAACAUUCAGAGACUGGUCAGCGGUCUGGAGAGCCAACGAGAGGUCUCCCCAGGUCGGGAGACUCCUAAAUGA